AUGUCAUCAGAUUCGGAAUCUGGCCCGGUGCCGAAUAACUCCAAACUUUACUCACCGCCUAGUAUGGCCAAAGAAAGGAAUCGCUUCCGUCCCGUGUUCGUCAUAUUCAUGUACAGUGCGCAUUUUUUCCUAGCAACCGCGAUCGUCAUUGCCGGUAUCAUCGCUUCAUCGCUUUCGUGGCCACAUCCUGAGGAUGAUGCAUCUUCGCUGUAUUUCAUCAUUAUUUAUCUACGCAUCGGAUACUGGCUGGUAACCUACGUGAUGCACGAACGGAGCAAAAAGGAGUUCGGACGUCUGGUCGAGCCGGACUUUGACCAUUACCGUUCGCUAGCCGUGUACCGCAAGGCUCCACUACAAAUCGCCACCCUGUGGAACGUAAUUCUGAUCACGGUGCAGAAUCAAGUGCGAUAUCUCUUCCCGCACAGCAAUCGAAACGUGCCCGAUAGUGCCGGUGCCGGUGUUAGCGAAAGACCACCCUCGGAAGGAGCACUGAAUCCGGCCAUCACACCACAGGUGUUCGUGAUCGUCGUGUGUGCCCUGGAACUGCUGGUUUUAGCGUGUUUCUACGUGCCGUUUGUACGGGUGCUGAUCGACAUGAAAAAAUCCGAGGGUCACGAUAAAGUAACUGACCUGCGCUACCGCCGCAUGACGGACACGGAGCUCCAGGAACAACCGAUCGAGUGGCAACUGGAGCGGCAGGCUAUCCUGAUCAAGCGGUUACGCGUGGCAAACGAUAAAUUGCAGCAGGAAGCAAAAUCGCUCGGAUUAGAUCGGUGUUAA